UUGAAUUAGAAACCCAAAGCUCUCUCUCAUUCUCCCUCUCUCUCAAACAAUCAAUUGACAAGCAUCAAUGCUGGAAUUCCUCAUUUGCAUGUAGAAAUCUGGAAUUACCGGUUGAAGAAUUGCGAAAGAGGCUGUUCCUUUACCUUUCGGCACUUCAAUUUUAUUUGAAUUUGAAAAAAUGGCAGCAAAUAUAGGGAUAAUGGACAGUGCUUACUUCGUGGGGAGAAAUGAGAUUCUUAGCUGGAUCAACGACAGGCUUCACCUCAAUCUCUCUCGCAUUGAAGAGGCUGCAUCUGGGGCUGUGCAAUGCCAGAUGAUGGACAUGACUCACCCAGGAAUCGUUCCCAUGCACAAGGUGAACUUUGAUGGUAAGACUGAAUACGAUUUCAUCCAGAAUUACAAAGUGCUUCAGGAUGUUUUUACAAAACUCAAAAUUGAUAAGCAUAUUGAGGUCAACAGACUUGUCAAAGCAAGACCAUUGGACAACUUGGAGUUCCUACAAUGGCUGAAACGCUAUUGUGAUUCUGUAAAUGGGGGUCUAAUGAAUGAGAACUACAAUCCCGUAGAGCGCAGAACUAAAGGUGGAAAUAGAAGUAUCAGGGGUCCACUGAAGAACCAGAAGUCAUUACAGACGAACAACUCUGUUAACUCGGGCUCAUGUGAUGAAGAUCCAGUGGUUCUUAGAAGAAGUAGAAGCAUUGGCGCCAAGAAUAUGAAGCCAGGGCCCACCUUGUCUGAGUUCCAAUCAAUGACGAAGGAGAUUACUGAUCUCAAAGUUUCAGUCGAUCUCCUGGAAAAGGAAAGAGACUUCUACUUCGCCAAAUUGCGUGAUGUAGAAGUGCUUUGUCAGACUCCCGAGUUAGAAAAUCUUCCGAUGUCUGUGGCGAUAAAGAAGAUUUUAUAUGCUGCAGAUGAGAACGAGGACGCUCUUGCAGAGGCUCAAGAAAUAGUGUCUGAGUUGAUAAAUGCUGAGCAAACCGGGUUGUCCGAUGAUAGCUGAACACUAAACUCAGAGUAGAAUCUAAAUGUGCCAUGGAAGAAAGGAUGCCAAAUCUCUUUAUUGCAUCAUUUUAGUUCAGUACAUCUGCUGAAUUUGGAAAGCAUUUGUUGGAAAUUUGUGUGGCACUUUGUUUUAAAAUUUGUGACAAAUUUCUGGAAUCUUGUGGUUUCAUAUUGAGGUGGUUUAUGCCAAACUAUUGAUCAUUUUUCAA